UGUGUGAGCUUUACAUCUGCCAUGGAAAACUUAACCCUGGUCGUCAACUACACAAGCUGUUACUUUUUUGACAGCGUAGCCAGGAGGAGGUCGUUUCUAUUUUUCUACCUGGCGAUCAUAAUCGUUUCCAUCCCAGCCAACGGCUUCUCACUCUAUGUGUCCUGGCAGCACAUCAGACAGAAGAACGAGCUCGGUGUGUAUCUGCUCAACUUGGCCCUGAGUGACCUGACCUUCACUGUGGGUCUGUCUCUGUGGCUGGACUUCCUGUGGCGAGGGGUUUGGACGCACGGUGGUAACGUAUGCGUGCUCUCUGUCUACUUCCUCUUCACUAACUUCUACACCAGCGAAGCUCUCCUCUGCUGCAUUGCCGUUGACCGUUACCUGGCAGUGGUUCACCCACUGAAGUUCACCUCCCUGAGGAAAGUGAACACUGCAGUGGCGGUGACUGUUGCUGUGUGGCUGCUGGUGCUCCUUUUCAACGCCGGCACCAUCCGAUGGGAGGACUCGUACCAGGAAUACAACGGGUUUCCUGUGUGCUUUGACACCUUUAUCCCUCUGUCAGAGAGUCUGGCUCGUGCUAACAUCCUGCGCUUCUUCCUGGGGUACAUUGUUCCCAUUCUCCUGGUGGUGGUUUCCACCUGGAGGAUCUGCGUCGCGGUGAAGUCCAACCAGGCCACAGAGGAGAAGGAACGUAAACGGAUCUCCAAGAUGCUGACCGUUGUUCUGCUCUGCGUUGUGCUCUGCUUUGGACCUGUCCACAUCAUGAUGCUUCUGCGCAUACAGGUGGAUCACUGUAAGGAUGUCACAUGGUUCCUUUAUCCGUACAAAAUCGGCACCGCCAUCUCGAGCCUCAACUGCCUCGCAGACCCGCUCCUUUACUGCUUCAUCACUAGAACAGGACAGGCAAACGUCAAUAAGGUUGUUCUCUUUUUCCAGGGGAAGAAAGGAAGCACAAGCAAUGCUAUGGUGUAG